CGUGUUAGUCUGAGCUGUGGGAAGAAAAUAAAUUAAAGAUUUAAAUCUACCAGAGCCAUCGGGGAGCAAGCGGAAAAAUCAGGUGCACGCGAAGACGACAUCGGAAUGAAAGCAUUUCUCGUGCAUCAGAUAAUGCAAAACUACCGUAAUAUAAACUAUUAAAAGGAAAGUAUACGCGUGGCAUUGGGAAACACAAAGGCAACAGACUAUUGGAUAUAAAAGAAAAUCACGCAGGCAGGCCAUUGCAAAUGAUGAAAUUAUAAACAGUUUCAUACCAGGGGAAUGGAAUUAAUUUUACAGUAAAAUUAUCACGGUGGAGAAAAAAACGUAUAUGGGAAAACAAGUUUACUGUAAAACAAGAAGUAUGUUGGAACUGUUUGUAUUUCAUUGGAAAUGGCGAACUGAAAUAAAGAUUAACAAAGAAUUCUGAACUUCAACUUUAAAAAAAAAAAAAAAAACAUAGGAUUAACCAAAGACCUGCAAUUUCACAUGUUUUUUAGAUCACACGUGAGACUAAAUUGUGGAGGAAGGCAUCCAAAAACGUGCUUUUGAAGUGUCUGUGUUUGGCCUAUAUAUAGCCUCUUUAUACUCGUUAUAUUUUAAAAUAAAUAUUUGUAGGUUAUUGUACAAGGAAAAAAGAAAAAGAGCAUCAGAAUGGAUAAAUUCCGUAUGAUUUUUCAGUUUUUGCAGUCCAACCAGGAAUCAUUUAUGAAUGCGUGAUUAUGGCGCUGUGCAGCGCGCACCUCUACUCGGCUUUUGAUUUCACCUGCCUUUGUUUACCAGAGUACAAUUUCUCUUACACGAUUGGGAUGCUAGCGCUGCCCCCGUUCAUGCUGUUCCUGCUGGGCUUCGUCAUGAACAACAACGUGUCCAUGCUGGCAGAGGAGUGGAAGCGGCCAGUUGGGAAGCGCAGAAAGGACACGGCGGUACUCCGCUACGUGAUCUGCUCAAUGACACAGCGGUCCAUGAUCGCCCCGAUUGUGUGGAUUUCGGUUACGUUGCUGGGCGGGAAAUGCUUUGCCUGUGCCUUCAGCAUCAAUGUGCCGCUGGAGAAAUUCGGCAACGUCAGCGACCACCGGCUCUCCGAGAUUGAUAUGCUUAGGCUGCUUGCCAAAAUCCCAUGCAAGGAAAUCUUUGAUGGGCAUGCGCUGCAUCUCCCAGGCUUUUGGCUGGGCUUUUCUGUUGGUGACGACCAUAUUGGCUUUCCUGGCGAGGGCAAUCCGGCCCUGCUUCACCCAGACCGUCUUCCUGAAAACCAAGUACUGGUCGCACUACAUCGACAUUGAACGCAAACUCUUCGACGAGACCUGCACGGAGCAUGCAAAGAGCUUUGCCAAGUUGUGCAUCCAGCAGUACUUCGAGGGCAUCAGCGGGGAGAUACGCCACCUCCACCAACAGCACAGGCCCCUGCACAACAGCAAGGAUUCAGACGAGGAUGGCAAGGAUGAGAUCGAGAAGCUACGGGGGGUCACUGACCAGGAGGACAUGAACAAGGUGCUCAGAACUGGCACAACUGCAAACCACCUCUCAACAUAGGCAAGACGAUGUAUCAGAACGGUCAUGGGUGCACUAAGCACAAUAACCUGAACAACAAUCCAGCUCAACCCAGGAAACAAG